CUGGGAUCUAUAUCGAUACACAUCCAUCCUCGGAUGAUACUUUCAGCCUCAAUUGAAUAACUCAAAACAAUCUUGGAGGGCAGCCAAGCUAGGACCCCACCAGCUGUCAAACAGGAAGACAACAUCACGUGAUGGACAAGGCUGACUGGCCGAUACGAGCCUCCCUCUCUCUUAUUUCCCCUCCAGAUCCCCCGAACAUCCCCAACCUCACAGCCCAAAGCGUAUGAAAACAGCCAAAAAAUGAAUCUUCCCUCCCCCUCCCCAACCCAGCACACCCUCAACACCCCCGAACUCCUCGAGCUCAUCCUCACGCAACUCGACCCGCGCACGCUCCUGACCGCCGCCCAGUUAACCUGCCGCACCUGGCGCACCCUCAUCCAAACCUCCCUCCCGCUCCAAGAAGCCCUAUUCUUCCGCCCGGCCAAGCUAACCCCCGACAGCCCAAACAAAGACAGAACUGCAGUGAACCCUCUCCUAGCAUGGGCCUUCCCGCCGUUCACCCCGCAUUACACCCCGCCCGAGAACGGGUGGAUCUUCCCCUUCCACGCGCUGGACUUCAUCGCGCGCCCCGAAAAGCAGCCCGCCUAUAUGCGGCCAGAGGCCAGCUGGCGCCGCAUGCUGGUGCAGCAGCGGCCGCCUGUCCGGUCGGUGGGGCUGUUGACUUCGUGUAGUGGGAUGGCGGGGGAGGAGGUUUGUUUGGUUAGCUGGGUAUGUUCGACCUUUUCUUCCAUUCUAGCAUACCGUUGCAGUUUUCUUGUUCCAGUGAGAGAUGAAAAUUCAUGACUUGCUACUCUUGUCGGGGGAAGGAUUGCUGCGAUGUAAUUUUUUUUUGAGCUAGCU